AUGCUAUCACCGCAGCCGUACAAAAGAAUGAGCCAGGAGACAAUGCACAAUGGGGACGAAAUAACCCCAGUAAUGCAUGCAAAGGAUGCCUUGGAAAUCGAUGACCCUCACGGUGCGAGUCCACCUCCGGACGGCGGAUUUCAGGCUUGGACUGUGGUGGCCGGAUCGUUCCUGUGUCUUUUUGUCAGUUUUGGCUGGGUCAAUUGCAUCGGACUCUUUCAGACAUAUUAUGAGACCCACCAGCUGAAGAAUUAUUCCGCCAGCACGAUUGCGUGGAUCACAUCCUUCGAGGUCUUCAUCAUGUUCCUAGGGGGGCCCAUCCUAGGUAAAAUCUGCGACGUGCAUGGUCCCCGGUAUCCGCUGCUCAUUGGGACGUUCCUGCAUGUCUUCGGGCUGAUGAUGACCUCGCUCUGCCAGGAGUAUUACCAGUUCCUGUUGGCGCAGGGGAUCUGCAGCAGUAUCGGGGCUAGUUGUAUUUUUUACGCCGGUUGGACGUUCCUUUUGUCAAUUGCAAUGGACCGGACAUGCUAA